UAAUUAGAAAACCCUAAACACCAGGCUAUUAAUCACAGAACCAAAAGCUACAACAUGUUGAUGCAGCAGUCUCCGAUUUUCAUUAUUACAUUUCUAAUUGCUGCAGUCUACGUGGGGCGUUGCUUGGCAGUAGCAAACCCAGCAGCAAACCCAGCAGCAGCAGCAGCAGCAGCAGAAGAGCCGGUUCUUGAGUUCUACAUGCAUGAUAUCCUAGGGGGAAGUAGUCCCACGGCUAGGCCCAUAACUGGUUUACUCGGAAACAUAUAUAGUGGUCAGGUACCUUUUGCUAAGCCUGUUGGGUUCGUGCCCCCACAAGGCGGUGUCGCCAUCCCUAAUGCAAAUGGUGCUAUUCCCACCGUCAAUGGCCUCACCGGUCUCCCUUUGGGGACCGGAUUAGCGGGCACGGCCUUCGCCAGCAACCCGAACCAAAACGGUCAGCCUCAGGUCCCCCUUGGACCGGAUGGAUUGGGGCUAGGAUUCGGAACGAUCACGGUCAUCGACGACAUACUCACUGCUAGCCCUGAUUUGGGGUCACAUACCAUAGGAAAAGCUCAGGGUGUUUACGUGGCUAGCUCGGCCGAUGGAACAACCCAGAUGAUGGCAUUCACUGCCAUGAUCGAAGGCGGGGAAUACAACGACAACCUCAACUUCUACGGGGUGUACAAGGUCGGAAGCACGAUGUCACAUGUGUCAGUGACGGGUGGAACCGGGAGGUUUAAGAAUGCUUGUGGUAUUGCGGAGGUCCGACCUCUUAUACCACCUGGCCAACAUGUCAUCGAUGGCGCUGAGACACUGCUGAGGGUCACUGUCCAUCUCAAAUACUAAGAUAUUGCACCUUGUCUUUAAAAUUAUGUGU